AAUAACCAAAAAAUUCAUGAUGAUUCUGUGUCCACAGCCGAGCAUACAGAUUACUUCCCACCCGACCUGAAAGAAAAUGAAAAUAACAUUAUUUUUUUUGCGCAAACUCCAUAAAUAAACCUAUAUUUGAAAUUGAUUUUAAAAUAACCUACCAUACACAAUACCAGCCUACAAUACAAAUAUUUCAAAAAGCAUUUUUCAUUGAUUAAAAAAAUACACAUCUACUCUUGUAUGAUAUUAAUUUACGCAAAUAAAAUGUUUAUUCAAAAACGUUUAAGAAAAACAAAUCUGACUGGAAUGUAGGCGUUGGUCUUUUGACAGGUUAAUUAGAUAUGUACUUCACUUACGGUGCGGAGAAAUUUCCAAAUACAAAAGUAGUCCGACCCGAUCCCCUUCCGUUGUUUGAUGUCAGCAGCGGUAUUAGGAAAAGCAGCAAAAUCGUAGGUAUUCCUAAAAAUAAAAUUAAGGUCCCUUUUGCCUUAAACAUUUUGAGUUCAAUAUUGCAUAUCUCUACAUAUGUAGAUGUUACAUUGAAAUACGGUAUGUACGUACUAAAUUAAGGUCGCUGAUCAAAACUAAUGCCAAUGACCAGUUGACAAGUCAGUUGACAUUUGCGUAAACUCUGUCUACUUUUGAAAAAAAAUAAAUAUUUUUUUAUAACCUUUAUCUAUAUUCAUAUCAAAAACAUAUACAAAAACAUAUGUCACGUCUUUGAUAUAUAUAAAUAAUUUUUAGGAGGGAACGUGUUGACCAAUUCGGGUACGAGUUGACUAGUGGGGGUACGAGUUGACCAAAAAUCGGUUACGAGUUGACAAAAUCGGUUACGAGUUGACCGAAGGUACGAGUUGACUUAGGUACGAGUUGACUAGCUUCGCAGGAUUACAUCGUUACUCUGAAUUGGUCCAUGGUGUGUUGUAGCCUUAUCCGGAAGCGCUAAUUUUAAAUGCGAGUGAUUGACAACAACUUCUACUUUCGAGCUAGUAAAGUAGCUGCCUUGAAUCCAGGAGGCACUUUAAUAAAUUGGUUAUAUGAAGUGAUGGACGUUUCAUGCCACUACCAAGUUGUGCCACUGAUCACAGACCUAUAAAAUACGUGCGAUGGAUCCCACUAAGCCUAGGGAUGAUGUUCAGCAAAUGUUUCAGAAGAUGGGAGAGAAACUGGGCUGGUUCCAGCAUCCCAGUCUUGAUGACGCAAUACAGUCUUUGUCGUCCAGUGCAAAGAAGAAGUCAGCAAGAUCAAAACUUAAGCAGGGUAGUAACAGUGAAAGAAAAAAGGCUCCAGACAGUAAUCAGAAAACAAAAAUGCACAGUGUGCCUUCGAUGCCAUCGGACACAUCAAUUCUCCAACCAUUUUUUACACCUGCAAGAAGUUUGCAGAGUGUGAUAUCCUCUGAUAGUGAAGAUGAGGACUUUAACGAAAACAAAGAAAAUAUCAGUAAUAAUGUAAAAACGAAUGCAAAGAAGACACUUGCAAAAAAGUCAAAGCCUUCAGUUCAGACCUCAGUUAAAAAAGCAAUGUUGAAAUUGUGUAGCGAUUCUGAGGAUGAAGGUGAGGUGUUUAAUAAACAAAGCCGCCCUUCUGAUAAAACUGCAGCAGACACAAGGAAAAGUGUUGAAGCAUCCAAGGUGUUGGAAUCCCCUGAAAAAGUAUAUUCGGCCUCCAAGUGUUCUGAUAGGUUGAGUGACGAGUAUGAUUACGCUGUGGUUAAGAACAGAGUCUCUUUGGCAUCAAUGACUCUGAACUUGGACAAUCUUGGUGACCCUCUAAUUGAGUCAACCAGAAUUCACAGACGAAGUAGUGCAACUUACAACCAGAUCAUGAAGUGCCUCGAGGAUUCUGAUAUCAAAGAGGUUGAAGAGACGGUUGGUAGUGUUGAGGAUUCUUUUUUGAUAAGUAGCAAAGCUAACAUAAGUGGUGUAGAAUCUAAAGAUACUGAGCUAGAGAAGGAUUAUUCGAAAGAUGAUGAAAACAUGUGUACAGAAGAUACAAAAUACAUUACUGCACUUGAAAUGCCUGAUGAAACAGUGUAUACAAAGCCUAAUGUAAAACUAGAAAAAAUUGCUCCUAAAACAAAAUUGUCUAAAGCAAACGCUAAACCUGUCAAACUGAAACCUGCAAAGUUUACUCUUUUAAGUGAUAGUAGUGAAUCUGAGGAUGAACUGAUAGAGGUGGUGGAUGCUGAAACACAAACCAUGGACAUCCAAGAUUGUUUUCUGGGGUCAUGGAGUAAAAAUGUAAAUGUUUACUCUGAACAGACUGUGGUACAGAACAAUACCACUCACAAUGAUUCUGAAGUGCUGGGUAACUAUAAUAAUGAUACUAACAAAGGCAAGUUAAGUUACAAUAUAUUUCAGUCUGAAACUCUGGCUGAUGACAUUUCUGGUAUUCAAGACAUUGACCCAAAAAUUUCGGAUUUAUGUAAACAUGACAAUGUUUACAUGAAUGGUACAAUAGUGUCUGAAGGUUUUGGUGUAGAUGAUCAGAAUGUUUUUCAGUCACACACUGUUUCUGAUAAAACCAAAAAUCGGAUAGGUAUUGCCGCAAAUACAUCAUCUGUAAAUGAACAGAAGUGUGGCAAUGAUAACUAUUAUAAUAAUAUGAGUGACACCAAUGUUUCAAGUGAUAUUGAUGAAAAUGUAAAUGUGACAAAAGGAUUAAAUGUGGUCUCAGAUGAUUUAUAUGGACACACUACUAUUGUUGAAUAUGAAAAAGAAAUUAUUGAAUCCAAAGACAGUAUGCACAUUGAAGAAGACUUUGACAAGCUUUGUAAUGGUCAAAAUGCUCUGGAAAUUUUCUCUGAUGAUGAAUCAAAAAAUAUUAUAAAUGCAUCUGAUGACGAUAGUCAGAUCAGUGAUGAUGUAAGUGAAGUAGAAGUAAUAGACAUUGCUGUUCAAACUGAACUAAGUCCUCAGGCAAAAAAGAUUGAGGAAAAUAUGAAAAGUAAAGAAAUAUUAGGGAACAGCUGUGAACAGAUAACUGAGGACAGUGGUAAACAAAAUGAAAUAAUAAAGGAAAAGUGUGAACAUAAUGCACUGACUGAUGAAAGCAAAGAAUAUAACGAAAUGGCUGAGGAAAGCCUUGAGCUUAACGAAACACCACAACAUAUGGUUACAGACUUGUCAGCAGAAUGUUGUGGUAGAGAUGACAAUAGUACAGAAUCUAUGCAUGAAAGUUCUCUUAGUCAGGGUAGUGACAGAGUAGAUUCAGAAAUAGUGCAGAAAAUCAGUGAAAAAGGUUUGUGUGGCUCCAGUUUGAACGAGAGAGACACACAUUUUGGCCUUUCAAAUGUAGGGAGCAAAGAAGUUUCUCAACAGAACUGGAGAAAGCGACGAUCCUACAGCAGUGAAUCCAGUGGAGAAGAGGAACUAGAGGCCUUUUUCCAAAAGAUGAAGCAGCCUGAGAGACGAAAAAGCGACGAUUCCAGGGAGGAUGUGUACAGUCCAAAAAGCAUGGCAGAUUUCAUUGUUGACGAUGAUGACAUUACUGAAGAGAGUGACAAUGAGGAUGAUGCCUACCACUUGAGGGAGACCCAACGACUAGAGCGGGAAGAGGACUGCAAACGGCUGGGAGCCAUAAAGAGGGAUGGUGAGGAGGAGGAGGAGGAAAGUGAGGAGACUGAUGAUGAGGAUGAUGAAUUGGAUCCUGGAGAAGAUGUGGAUGACAUUACUGCUAGUGAUGAUAGUGAUGAUGACUUCUCAUCAAAGCUCUAUCCGUCAAGUGUUACCAAGCAGAAGAAAGAAAAGUACAAAGUUCGAGUUAAGCCAGCAGUGCCCACCUUUACAAUGUCUUCAGAAAGUGGAGAUGAAAGUUUAUCAAACCCUGAGGACACAGAAGCAACUAGCACCACUCGCCAACCUGGAAUAAAGAAGCACCAACAUAAACCUAAAACUAAGAGUGGCAGUGGUGGUACAUCAUCAGAUGAUGACAGGUCUAAUGAUGAUGGUUUUGUGCAACCAAAAGCCAUUAUUAGAAAGAAAUCUAAGAAGCCUCCCAACAAUGAUGAGGGAGACAGAAACGUUGACAAGAACCUAGUAAAGAUAUCAAAGGCAGCCAUAUUGAGUGACUUGAUGUCGUCCUCGGAUGAUGAUAAUGAUGGAAGCCCGUGCAUUACACUGAGUUUAGUAGACACAUCGGAAGGCUCUCUGAGUAAUUCAGGUUUCAAGACGCCCCUGGUUCCCCUGCAAGUCUCCAAAUUCCUCACCCCGGCUUCAGUGAAGAGGAGCAAGGGGUCCGUAAAUACGCCAUUCAAUGCUAAGAGUGGUCGAGCGUGCACGCAUUCUUUCUUGAAGUCGCUGUCUAUCACAACCCCUGAGGAGAAUAGGGACCCAGAGGCUCAAAGAUUUGUUGUGAAGUUCAAGAAAUAUCGAGAGGAACUAUCCAACUAUUUAUUCAAGUUCUUCAACCAAAGUGUGUUUGAUAGAAAGCUGCCUACAGAUCUGCCAGUGUUAUGGAACAAACGACUUCUUCGGACAGCUGGCUACUGUAGCUACAAGAAAACAAGGCAUAGCGAGGAGCGUUCAGCUGUUAUCGAGUUGUCAGAGAAAGUGUGUGAUAAUGCAGAACGAGUAAGAGACACGCUGAUACACGAGAUGUGCCACGCGGCCGUCUGGUUGAUCAAUGGGGUCAACGGGGGCCAUGGCCAGUUCUGGAAGUACUGGGCCCGCCAGUCCAUGAACGUCCACCCAGAACUGCCCGCCAUUGACCGCUGCCAUAGCUACGACAUCAAGACCAAGUACACCUACAAAUGUACACAGUGUGACUACAGUAUCGGACGCCACUCUAAGUCUCUCGACAUGAAGAAAUGGAGGUGUGGGAGGUGCAAGGGCAGCUUCGAGCUGAUCGUCAACAACAUGUCGGCAGGGGCCACAACUCCUGGUCCCGCUUCCGCCACCCCAUCUGCCAGCACGACGCCCCGCACGCCCAACAAGUUUGCUAUUUUCGUGAAAGAGAAUUACAAUGUCGUGAAGCAGCAGAACAAGGACCUGAAACACGGCGACGUGAUGAAACAGCUGAGCAAACUGUUUGCUGAAAAUAAAAUCACCAUUCCUUGACCGACGUGUUGCAAUUCUUGGUUUUAGAUUUUCAAAAAUGAACUUGAUUUAAUAUUUUCAUGGGCAAUAUUGUUAAAAAUGAUCACAUGAUGGACAUUAAAUAUGUCUUCUUUUCCAUUAAGUAAAUAAAUUAAAAAUCAGUUGUGGAAAUAAUUUGAUCUAGAUGUGAAAGUAUGGAACAAAUAUACUAUGCAUAUUUAGCAAAUUAAAACAAAUGUUGCUAUGUUAUACAUAAUUAAAAGUCAUUUCCUUUUUGGCAUUUCCGAAGAUGUAGGUCCUCAAUCCCUGUUAAAGAAGUACAUCAUUUUGAACAGUCGAAAUCCCGCGGUUUUCUUCUGUCAGUUAAACAAUUUUGUGGUUAACCUGGCUUUAUAUGCCUGUUGUGAUAAAUUUGAUCAUUCUUUAUAACUUGUAUCAAUUGCUUGUUAUAAUACUCAUCUGUAAUUAAAAUACUUAGAGAGAAAGCA